GGUGGUGGGGGCCCGCGUCAGCCACGCCUUUCGCUCGCCCAGUCUCCUUCCAUUUCCCUCGGUUCCUCCUCUCUCCUCCUCCUCCUCCGUGUUUGCGUUGCGUCUCCUCCUCCCGCACGGCUCGCUCCCUGCCCACUCCUCCUCCUCUCCUCUCCUCCUCCUGCUGCCGUCCACGCGACACCACCGAGCGUCGCCUUCGUUCUUCCUCCGCCUUGCCCUUCCCCGUACGUCCUGCUCUUGCGGAGGGAGGUGUUUCGCUCCGGUUCCUCGCCGUAGCAGCAGCAGCGAGGUGAUACCUUUAGUCUGGCAAACAUAAAAUAUGGUUAAGAUAAUGGAUAAUCAGUCAUCGAUUGAAGAACUGGAUGAACCAUUAGGGAGAGUUCCAAUACUUUCAUAUGGUUCUGGGCAUAUGCUAAAUGACAUCACUUCUUCAUGUUGGUUUACUUAUUUGCUGGUUUUCUUGACAGAUAUUGGGCUUAGUCCAAGUGAUGCUGCUGUUGUCAUGCUUUCUGGUCAAUUGGCAGAUGGCUUCGCAACAAUCUUCGUUGGAGAACUGAUUGAUCGCUUUGGACAUUUUAAACUGUGGCAUGCAGGAGGAUCCAUUUUAGUAGCAAUUUCCUUCUCAUCUGUUUUUGGUAGCUGUUUGCCUUGCAAACUUACGGGAACUAUUUCAUCUACAAUGGAGACUGUUGGAUAUAGCACAUUCGCUGCUAUUUUCAAUGUUGGCUGGGCAGUUACUCAGGUCUCUCAUAUGUCAAUGGUGAACUGCAUGACAUCAAACCCAACAAGUCGGGUUGCAUUAGUAAGCUGCCGUAAUGCCUUCACAAUGAUCGCAAAUCUUAGCCUGUAUGGCAUUGCUUUGUUGAUAUUUAGUCUACGUCAGUCAGUGAGCGUGAUAGUUCAGUAUCGAUGGAUAGCAUAUGUGUCCAUUGCCCUUGGAUCUUGUUUCGUCGUUGUGUUCUUGAUUGGAACGGAAGAGCCAGGGUUAAAUCAGCAUUGCCAGAAUAAGAGACUUUCCAGGAUUUCAUGGACCCACUGGUUCAAGAAAGUAUUGUACUACCAAGUUGCUCUAGUAUACAUGUUUACUAGAUUGGUUACCAAUGUUUCACAGGCACUUCUUGCUUUCUACGUCAUAAAUGAUUUGGAAAUGCCACAAUCAUCCAAAGCAUUGGUACCUGCUAUUAUCUAUGUCUGCAGCUUGAUAGUAUCUGUCAUAUUACAGGAAACUAGAUGGUCAAGUUGGCGUUUAAAAAAUUACUUUUCUGCUGGGGCCAUGCUUUGGAUAUUGUCUGGUGUUGGAAUUGUUGUUCUACCAAGUGGAAUGCACAACUUCAUGUAUGCACUAUCAAUCACAAUAGGAGUUGCCAAUGCUCUUAUGACAGUAACAAGUAUCAGCAUGGAAGGAAUUUUAGUAGGUGAAGAUCUAAAUGGUUGUGCUUUUGUGUAUGGCUCAUUAAGUUUUGUUGACAAAGUGUCAUGCGGACUAGCUCUGUAUAUUCUUGAGUCCUAUCAAGGAAGUACCAAUACCAGACAGAACCUAGAGUUGGCAUUUGGUUAUUCAGUUACAAGACUUGGUUUGGGGUUAGUCCCAGCUGCCUGUUCACUGCUCUCAGCCAUAAUAGCUUAUACGAUGGACCUACCUGACACUCGGCGAAGACCUUUAGUUGAACCUCUUCUCGCAUAACUCUGCUGGUAGCACUUCCAUUGCAACUGUAUAUAUGUCCAACGGCCAAUGACUCCACUGCUGGAGGCUGGAGCUAUUAACAACAGUACAGUUAUACGACUCGAAAGGAAAGAAACUCGGACAUUGUCAAUUCAUUUUGACUUGGUCUGAAAUUCUGAAUUAAGUUAUAGAUGACACAGUGAAAGGUACUCAGCAACGAGUUGAGUAUGUACCAAAAGUAGCAUGGGAGUACAAUCCUGUGUAAGUUAAUCCAAAAUCCCCUUACAAAUGUAGCCUAGCCGCAUUGUUCACAAGAAUACAUAGCUUGUAUGCUAAUUUUAUAUUUAUUCGCUUUGGAUGUAAUUGAAUUACCAUUUAGCUAUUUUUACUAAAAUAAUGAAUUGGUCUUUUUAUUGCUUCGCAUUUCA